AUGGUUAAAUAUGCUAAAAAAAUAAGAAACCUUGGGAAAUGUGCCAAGGGAGCAGGUGUUGAUUUGAGGGUACACUUUAAAAAUACAUAUGAGGCUGCAAGAGCUAUAAGGAGAAUGAAAUUAUUAGAAGCUAAGAAAUAUUUAAAUGAUGUUAUUGAAAAGAAAAGAUGUGUACCUUUCCGUAAAUUUAAUGGGGGUGUAGGAAGAACAAACCAAGCUAAAGAAUUUAAUCAUACACAAGGAAGAUGGCCAGUUAAAUCUUGUAAAUUCUUAUUGAAUAUUCUUGAUAAUGUACAAGCCAACGCAGAGUCAAGAAAUUUGGAUGUGAGUAAAUUAAAAUUAAUUCAUGUUAUGGUAAACAAGGCUCGUCCAGGUAGAAGAAGAACAUACAAGGCACAUGGUAGAAUUAAUCCUUUUAUGUCAUCACCUUGUCAUAUACAAAUAAUUGCAAGAGAAAUUACCAAACCAGCCAAAAAAUCUCUUUUAUCAAAUGCUGAGAAACAAAAAAAAUUACCUUUCAAAGUUACCUUAAAAAAAUUAAUUAAAUUAAAUAUAUCCAACCAAAAUAGACUUAAAAAUAAAAAAGUUCAAAAACUAGAAACAGUUCAAUAA